UAUUCCGAGUGUUCAAAAAAAAAUGGCGGACAACAGAUUGGACACGCAAAUCGAGAAGUUGACACAAGCGAUUAAAUUAACACAAAAACUCAGGGCCAGCGUCUCUAAAGUAUUUACAGACCUUUCUGAUGGCUUUCAAGCACCGACAGGAGACGAGAAAGCGCUGCUAAAUAAGCUUCAGAAGUCUCUCACAGCUGUAAAUGACAAUCUGGGAGAUUUGGAAAAGUUGGCCCCCAAUAUUCACAGCACAACAAACAUCCCUCCACUAUUACUGAACAGCACUGGUCUCCUGGGGCUGGACCCCGCCACAGAUAAAUCAGGCAUCGCUACCCAGCUACAUCACACUCACAAAUGGACCAACAAGGUACACAAACUUGGGGAUUACUCAGCACAAUUUUUAGGAACCAAUCAGCUAAAGAGAACAAAUCAGGGUCCUGCGGGCCAGUCCAAGCGUAUGAGGCGACCAGAGCCCACCAUACACCGCGUACCGGAAAACAUAAAUAUCCAGCAAUUGGUUACAACAGUCGACAGGAGCUAUCCAGACAUGUCUGUAUCACUGAUUAGACCCAUGGGAAAUAGUACAGUCCUACAGAUAACCCUGGCCAAGACAUUGAAGGCAGUGAUAGUGUUGAGGGGACUUUUGAUAGAGUACGUAUCUAUCAAGGCCUAUAAUGAGGACUUCUUAACGGACGAUGGGCGGCCUGAUAUAUGGUCCAAAUCCAGAUAUCAAGUUUUCAAUAAGGUGACAGAUUUAGUAACUGCAGCCACCAUACAUUUCUGCCAUCCCCAACUCCCAGAUUCCUCUACCAAAAUUGUGAAAUUCAUGAUUUGGUUAAAUAAUUACAAGACCUUAUUCUCAGCGCCAUGUUCUAAGUGUGGUAAAUAUCUCCAGGGAUUCCUACCCCCAAUAUGGAGGGACACACGCUCCUCCCAGCCUCUGCACGAUGGAUGUCGUCAGUGAUAUCAGGACCCCUCAGCGGGGGGAUAUCUCAAGAUAUCUACAGAACCUCUUAACUCUGGGAUGAUAUCAGGAGAUAUCUGCAUCAUUCCUCAUGAGGAAACCCAAGAUAUCUUCUGAAAAAAUCCUAAAGGAGUCUAUUGUGCUGCAGAAAUCUGAGAAUGUUUAGUCAGUUGUGGG